AUGGAGAUGUUACACCCACCUGAGUCCAAAGCCUUGCCAACAGACUGUGAGAUUUGGACGAGACACUCAUCUCUGUCUCUCAUGAUGGCAUCAUUGGGCUCAAGCUGGGGCUUCGGGUUGCUAGCUAUAAUUUUGCCGAACAUAGUACUGCAGGGUGGUUGGGCCAACGUCUUUUAUAUCGAGCCUCCCUCGUAUCCAGCUAUCCUGUCCAUCAGCGCGUCGGGCAACGGUUGUCCACAGGGCACGCCGUACUUCGUCCCGGCGCCAAAUGGGACUUUGGACUGGGAUGACUGGACGCUAGUUAUGCCCAACUUCACUGCGCGCGAUGGUCUCGGCUCCGAUCCAACAGAGCGCACAAAGAACUGCCAAACUCACCUGAACCUCGCGGAAGCACCCACGGGCUGGCAGGUCACGCUUCGAGGCCUGACAGCGCGGGGCUACGUCCGUCUUGACCCGGAGGCGACUGUCCAGGCUCUCGGGACCGUGUAUUGGUCUCAAGACCCAACGGCCGCAAGUUUCACGUGGGCCCCAGCAUUUACGUCGUGCCUCCUUUCUGACAUGCAGCAGGCCACUACCAAGAAUGUCACACUCAAGGCUGAUAGCAAGAUGGAGGGCCCGGCAACCAUUGAGCUCCGGUGGGACACGGAUGGCCCUGGGAUCUGGACCCCAUGCGACACGCCUGGUCAACGGGGGGGCCAUGGCAUUCUCAACGUAAACUUCAGAGUUGUGACGCGAGGCACGGAGAACGGUGGCGAGGCAUACUUUGGCAACUAUGGGGACCAUUUUGUGACGGAGAAACUGGACUGGAUGUGGAGGCCAUGCACUGUGCACGCGCCAUCUAUGUCGGCGACCCCUCCAGCAAGCCUCUCGGGUCUGCCAACCACGGUCAGCAUACCAGCAGAGAGCCCGACAGAUGCAGGUACCAGCGGGUAUGAGCAAGAUCCUCCUUCCAAGACCCUCACAACCUCAGACAAAUUUGCUCCGACAUCCGCAGAGAUGGCCUAG